UUCGGCAACAUGGCAGAUCAAGCUGAGGAAAAUAAACAAAGCGAAGAAGAAGUUCAUUAUGAUUUAAAAGUCAUUGAUGAGAAGUUUUAUGGGGAUGCCAAAGUUUACUGGGAGAAAAUAUCCCCCACUGUCGAUGGAAUGUUAGGGGGUUUCGCCAAAAUAUCGCCAACAGAUAUUAACGGUUCACGCGCUUUUCUAAGGCCGUUCAUGAAGAUUUCCGGAGGAAAAGUGAACAACAAGAAAGCACUGGAUUGUGGAGCUGGUAUUGGUAGAAUAACCAAAAGACUUCUGCUUCCCAUGUUCGAUUCUGUUGACAUGGUGGAACUCAAUCAACAUUUUCUAAACGAAGCCAGAGCAUUUAUUGGCAGUGAAUCUAAACGCGUCGAUAAUUUAUUCUGCUCUGGAUUACAGGAAUUCAUUCCUGAAAUUGGUCGCUAUGAUGUCAUCUGGUGUCAAUGGGUUCUCGGUCACUUAAAGGACAAACAUUUGAUUGACUUUUUCAAGAGAUGUAAAUCAGCGUUGAGUCCAAAUGGAAUGAUAAUCGUAAAAGAAAAUACAGCAUCGGAUACUGAGCGAGAUUUUGAUUCGUCAGACAGUAGUUUUACGCGUCCACGAAGAGAGUUUGUCGAUUUAAUAACUCAGUCCGGUCUUACAAUUGUUAAAGAAGAAAAACAAAAAGGUUUUCCAAAAGGCGUUUAUGAUGUUUUUAUGUUUGCGUUGAGAUGAUGAAGGAAUAAAUGUUAGGAAAUCGACAACAAAUCUCGCACCAAAGAAACCAAUUUGCCUGCUGUUCUGCCGUCUGCUUGAUUAGAAUGCCAGGAUUCUACAGAAUUAGAAGAUAACAAAUGAACAAGGUUCGCCUUGGAUAAAAAAAAAAAUAUGUUAACUUUUUUUUCUUGUAUGCAUUGAAACUUGAAAAAAAACACCUUCACCAAAGAAAAUAUUUAUUGUUUGAGAAGAUUAGUAGCUGUUUUUGACACAAAGAUGGCAAAUGAACAAGGUUCACAUCUACUUCUUUUGUACAUGUAUUUUCAAUAAAAUACAAAAAAAAAUGUGGUCUUUUUCUGGUACAUGUAUGUGAUAAAACCUUCACCUGUAAAUAUGUGAAAGUGUUUAUUAUUCAAGAGCUAAAUCUGCCUAUUGCAGGUCUUUGGUUGGACUUUAAAUGUUAUAAAUUAUUAAUUACACAUUUGUUAACGUGCCAAGACCAUAAUCAACUCUCUAGUCUCUAGACCAGGGAUGUCAAACUCAUUUUGAUUCAGAGGUCACAUGAACUAGGUUUACAUUAAGUGGGUCGAAGAUAUACAAAAAUUCUAAAAACUAGCCAAACGUCCUUAACACAGUUCAUUUUUUAUACUGGUGUCCAAAUUGCCAAGAUAUAAUAUUGAACACAACGUUCUCUUGUAUGACAUACAACUCCGAUAUCUAUGACAUACAGAAAACAAUAAAUGAUUUCCACCACUUGUUUCUAAGAAUUAUCGACAAGUCAUCUUAAACCCUUGGCGAGCCACAUGUUAGACGCCCCUGCUCUAGAACAACAGAUGCUCAGGAUUGCCAAUACAUUUAAAAACGAUUGGACUGUUUUUCUGCACGUACUGGGCUGAUGUUGGUCUGUGAUUGAUUGAAUCAUGUAUACUUUAUGCAUGUUUUUAAUAUGACUAUUUUCUUUUUUGAAAUUGUGCUGUGCAUAUUUUUGAAAUGUUGUUUAUUUGUCUCAAUAUUAAUGCUUCAUAAUUUUAUAGAAUUUAUGUAUGUAUGAAGCUAUUUUUUUUUUUUAACUUAUUUCUCAACUUGAUAAGAAUAUUUGAUCAGGUUUGAUGUAUAGUUAUUUGGUAAAUAUAAAAAUAUAUGUAAAGUUACUUCCAAAAACAUCCUAGUUACAUGUAGUGUGGAGUGGAUGUGAAGCCGCAUUUUUCUUUAGUUUCGAUUUCCUUGUUAUACAUGACAAGGAGUAGGGUUGUCUGUCCAACCUUGUGGGUUUUCUCUGGGUCCUUUGGUUUCUUCCCACUGCUAAAGACCUUUAUGCGCAAGCCAAUUAUUGAAAUAAAAUUGAGAGAGAGAGGGUGGGGGGUGUAGAGAGAGGGU